AUGGAUCGCGACCAGUUCAAGACUGCGGCUCACUCUGCCAUUGAUGAUAUCGUCAAGUACUUCGACAGCGUGCCCGAGCGCCGAGUCCUGCCCGCUGUCGAGCCCGGAUACCUUCGCCCUCUGAUCCCAGAAAACCCCCCUGAUGAGCCAGAGGAGUGGGCGCAAAUCCAAGAAGAUGUCGACACCAAGAUCAAACCCGGCUUGACCCACUGGCAGUCUCCAAAUUUCAUGGCAUACUACCCUGCCUGUGUGACAUACCCCAGCAUUCUGGGUGAGAUGUACUCCGCCACAUUCACCGCUCCUGCUUUCAACUGGUUGUGCUCGCCUGCCUGCACCGAGAUGGAAACCAUUGUUAUGGAUUGGGUCGCGAAAGCUCUAGCACUACCCGAGUGUUUCCGCAGUACAUCAGAGACCCACGGUGGCGGUGUCAUCCAGAACAGUGCGAGUGACGCUAUUGCAACUAUUAUUGUCGCCGCACGGGAGAGACGUGUGCGUGAGCUGCUGCUUGCCGAAGGCAUGAAGGAGGGUACUCCAGGGUACGAGGACCGCAAAUUCGAUGUCCAAGCCAAGCUAGUCGCUAUUGCCAGUGAUCAAACUCACAGCAGCGCUGCUAAGGGUGCUUUGGUUGCGGGUACUCGCUUCCGCGGCGUGACCACGCGGCUGGAGGAUAACAUGGAAAUGACUGGACCUCGUCUCCGUGAGGUUCUUGAGAAGUGCGAUAAGGACGGACUUACCCCGUACCAUCUCACUAUGACCUUUGGUACAACGAAUACCUGCAGUGUGGACCGAUUUGCGGAGCUCAAGGCAGUUCUGCAAGAAAAGCCGGCGUGGCAGCGUAUCUGGGUGCAUAUCGAUGCUGCCUAUGCUGGCGCGUCGCUUGUUGCCGACGAGUGGCAGUAUAUUGCGAAGGACUUUGCGGAGGGUGUUGACAGCUUCAACAUGAACCUACACAAAUGGCUGCUGGUCAACUUCGAUGCUAGCGUCCUCUUUGUCCGGAAUCGCUUAGAUCUGACGAACGCAUUGGAUAUUACACCAACAUAUCUGCGCAACCCAUACUCUGAUAUGGGAACCGUAAUUGACUACCGGAACUGGUCUAUUUCUCUCGGCCGCAGAUUCCGUGCACUAAAGAUUUGGUUCGUGAUCCGGAGCUAUGGUCUCAAUGGCAUGAAAGCGCACAUCCGCAAGACGAUCGGGCUUGGUGAUCUUUUUGCUGGCUUUGUGCGCGAUCGGUCUGAUAUAUUUGAGAUGGUCACAAAGCCAGGCUUUGGCUUGACCGUCUUCCGCGUCAAGAACCCCCAGGCUAUAUCUCACGGGCCAUCUGGUCGUGUGGCCAAAGAUGAAGUUUCUAACGAUCUGACCAAGAAGAUCUCUGAGUUAGUCAACGAGCGAGGCGAGAUCUUCUUGACCUCUACAGUUGUUGAUGGUGUCUGUGUUAUGCGGGUGGUGAGUGCCAAUACUAUGGCCGAAGAGAAGUAUAUCCGCAAUGCCUUUGAUGUUAUCGUCCGUACAACGGAGGAGGUCCUGCAGGAAAAGAAGUGA